GUAGUCAAAGUUCUGCUGUCCAUGUGAACGAACGGUGCUUCGUCAGGUAACUCUUCCGCGAUUCGAACCCUCUGCACCGCUUCCUUUCGCGACGCAAAAGAUUUUUUAGCAAAAAAAAAAAAAUUUAACAAAAAAAAUAAAAAAGAGGAGCGAACGGAAUCAGCAGGCGCAGCAUUUUUGUCUGGACACAAGAAAGGAAAAGGAGACGACAAAGGAAGUUGCUUCAUUUCGGAGGAAACAAAAGAACGCUCGAAGGAAUUCCUUGCAUCCCAUCGGCACAAACAACAGUGUUGCUGGGGCAACACAUCCAUUCAACACCGCAAGGGAGCCAAUCGAAGGGGACGAAGGACGCACAGCAGGCGAAGUGCGUGUGUGUGGGAGGACUCACCGAACCUUACACGCAACGUCUGUAGGAUGAGCAAUGCGGGAAUCGACGGAGGAGGCGGCGGAUCUGGAGGAGCAGGAGUGCCGCCAACAACGCCACCGCCUACUGGCCAUGGAUCCACGCGUCGCCUGAGCCACUUGACAGGCAGCAGCCGCUCGGGAGGAGCCGCCGCCAUGGGCAACGUGGUGGGCUGGCUGAAGCAGGCCUCCAUCGAGGUGCGAGACGCCGGCACACGAACUCUGUCGAUGCUGCAGAGCAGCAAUCCCAACUUCCGAUCCCUGGACCUAUCUCUGGGCACGCCCACAUCCGUCACACCGACCUCGAGUGAAGCUCCAGCUGCUCCAGCCAGUGCCACCGCCUCGCUGAGUGGUUCCACCCUGCACUUUGGACCAGAGGAGCCAGAGGAGACCGCCGGAGGAAGCCAGUCGCUGACGCCGCUGGAUGCCAGGGAACUGCUCACGCGACCCACGCGAGCCUACGCCUCCGUCAGCCAGCCCCAGAGCCCUAGGCAUCGAGGAUCGUGCUCGGGAUCCGUCACAGGUUCAAGGAUAUCCACACACGGCCUGACCGGGCGCUCCACAUCGAUUUCCUCGCAGCUGGAGAAGACCAAGAAGCUGCUAAAGAUGACCGAGGGCGAGGACAAGCCGCUGACGAUUCUGCACUACAACGAUGUCUACAACAUUGAGUCCAUGGCGGAGACGGAACCGGUGGGCGGGGCGGCCAGAUUUGCCACGGCCAUAAAAAGCUUUGCCCACCUAAAUCCCUUGGUGCUCUUCAGCGGCGAUGCCUUCUCGCCCAGCAUGUUGAGCACCUUUACUCAGGGAGAACAGAUGAUUCCCGUGCUUAACACGGUGGGAACGCACUGUGCCGUGUUUGGCAACCAUGACUUUGAUCACGGCCUGGAUGUGCUGGUUAAGUUGAUCAAGCAAACAGACUUCCCCUGGCUCAUGUCUAAUGUGGUGGACAAUGAAACUGGUCGUCCUCUGGGCGGUGGCAAGAUCUCGCAUUUUAUUCUCCACAAUCAGAUCUCCAUCGGCCUGAUCGGCCUGGUGGAACGCGAAUGGCUGGAGACGCUGCCAACCAUCGAUCCCAACGAGGUGACCUACAUCGACUAUGUGGAGGCGGGCAACAAGCUAGCCCGCGAGCUGAGGAACGAGGGUUGUGACCUCAUUAUCGCCCUCACCCACAUGCGGACGCCCAACGACAUUAAUCUGGCCGAGAAAUGCAACGGCAUCGACAUUAUCCUGGGUGGCCACGAUCAUGUGCGCGAGGUGACCGAAAUCAAUGGCAAGAUGAUUGUCAAGUCCGGCACGGACUUUCAGCAGUUCUCGGUGAUCACCAUUGAGCGCGAUCCGGCCAACCGAGAGCACUUCACCACGGACGUCAAGUGCUUUGAUGUGACGGCCAAGGUGCCCGAGGAUCCGGAACUCAAGCAGGAGCUCUCCAAAUAUGCCAAGUUCAUCGAGAGCAAGCUGUCGGAUGUGAUGGGCGUCUUCAGCGUGGAGCUAGACGGUCGCUUUUCGCGGGUGCGAACCCAGGAGACGAAUCUGGGCAAUUGGGUGUGUGACGUGGUACUGGCGGCCGUUGGCGCCGACGUGGUUAUCUUAAAUGGCGGCACCUUCCGAUCGGAUCGGGUGCAUCCCGUCGGGGCCUUUACCAUGGGCGAUCUGGUUAAUGUAAUUCCGAUGCGGGAUCCUCUGAUCCUUCUGGAGGUGAGCGGUCGUGUGCUGUGGCAGGCGCUGGAGAACGGCGUGUGCGCCUAUCCCAAGCUGGAGGGUCGCUUCCCCCAGGUGGCGGGCAUCAAUUUCGCCUUCGAUCCACAGGCGGAGCCGGGCAAACGCAUCGACCCACAGCUCAUACAGGUGGGCGAUGAGUACCUCAACCUGGAGCAGACCUACAAGCUGUGCGUCAAGAGCUAUAUCUUCAUGGGCUGCGAUGGCUAUACCAUGUUCAAGGAUGCCACAGUGCUGAUGGAUGACGACGCCUGUCCCGAGCUGGGCAUCACACUGCAGAACCAUUUUAAGGCCAUCAACUCGCGGAAAUGUGGCCAGAACACUAAGCACCGACAGUCGCUGGUCACUCUGUCCAGACGGCAUAGUCUGGUGCAAUGCCUGGACAGCAUGGAUCUGGACGGACCAUCGCCCAUACGCAAGUUAUCCGUGGGUCAUCACAACAAGUCCAUGGAUCUGACGCACGGCAACUCCCAGAAGAUGCUGCGGCGUGCCUCCUUGGAUGAUCUGGAGCAAUCCACCUGCGAUUUGGCGCCGCAACUGGAGCACCGCAUCGUAAUGAUACAAAACGAAGAGCAUCAUCGACAGCUUCUGUUCAAAAAGGAGACGCACAUUAUGAACUCCACGAUCACCGAGGCCGAGGACGAUUACAAGAAAGUAAGACAACUUGAUUUUAGGGCGGGGACAGGGCCAGAUUCCGAUGUGGAAAGAAAUAUUUGAAUUUAAGAAAGAGGAUUAAGUACAGCAAAGAGAAGAUAUACCCGUUAGCUAGUUAGUUAGUUGCUCUAUUUAUUGCCGUUUGUUGUUAACAACCACCGCCAGCGCUCUUCUGUUUUGGCCAAGUUUCGUGGUAAACCUUGGCAAGACUUCCCCCCGGCAGGGAACUUGGUAUUGAUGUAUUGUAUAUGAUGUAUGAUGUAGUGAGUGUACCCAAAAGCUUGCUAGUUUAAUUUACCUUUAGAUAAACUUAUUUAUUAUUACAUACGGUAAUCAAUUACUAAAAAGCCCUUAUGUUUUGUGAUCUAGAUAAAACGAGAGUUUGAGCUGAGCUUUGACAUGAUAUUCCUUAGAGAUAUUCCAAAAAGAAAACCCCUGGUAGUUGUUUUUCCACAGAACGCAAUCAAAAGACACUACAGGUUGUAAGCAGAACGCAUUGGACACUACACUGAAACCAAUGAGCAUGUAGAGUGAAUAUGUAAAGCAAUAUUUUAGACAAUGCACUCGAAAA